ACUUUUGCAUUUCCCACUACAUGUUGCUUCUAGUCUAGUAUUUAAAUCCAUGCUUAGCUUUUGUAUUCCCCACACCUAAAUAUCAAACACACUCUUGCUCCUCAACCAAAUGAAACCUUGUAUUUUCUUAUUACCUAUGUCUUGGUAUGUAUAUCUUCAUUUGCUUAAUCUUUUUACCUUAACCUUAAUGUGUUUUGGUUCAAAUAGAACUCUGACAAUGGAACUAGGAAACCAAACUGAUCAUUUGGCUUUGCUCCAAUUCAAGCAACUAAUAUCUAAUGAUCCAAAUGGUAUCUUAGAUUCUUGGAAUAGUUCAACUCACUUUUGCAAAUGGCAUGGAAUCAUAUGCAGUCCCAAGCAUCAAAGAGUUACAAAGUUGAAGUUGGAAGGAUACAAGUUGCAUGGAUCCAUAUCUCCAUAUGUUGGCAAUCUCUCACAUAUGAGAUUCCUUGACCUUAGAAACAAUAGCUUCUACGGAAACAUUCCAGAAGAAUUGGGUCGUUUGUCAAGAUUAAGACAUCUUCUUCUACUCAACAACUCGUUGGUUGGAGAACUUCCAAUAAACUUGACAAAGUGCUCAGAGCUCAAAAGGAUAAGGUUAGGUGGAAACAAGCUUAUCGGAAAAAUACCUAGCCAAAUUGGAUCUCUUGUAAGGCUUCAAUAUCUUUCCAUGGAACAAAACAAUUUGACCGGAAAAGUUCCACCAUCUAUAAGGAAUCUAUCAUCCCUUACUAUUUUUUCGGUCGGUUAUAACAACUUGGUAGGAAAUAUUCCGCAAGAAAUGUGCUUCCUAAAACAGUUGGAGAUUAUAGCAGUGCAUGUCAACAAAUUGUCUGAUACAUUUCCUUCUUGUCUUUAUAAUAUGUCAUCUCUUGAAAUGAUUUCAGCUCCGAUGAAUAACUUUAGUGGCUCUCUUCCACCCAAUAUGUUCCACACCCUCCCCAAUCUAUAUUUCUUUGGCAUUUCUGCAAAUCAAAUCUCAGGUCCAAUCCCUAUUUCCAUUACAAAUGCUUCUAGUUUGCAGUUAUUUGAUAUCAGUCAAAACCAUUUUAUGGGACAAGUUCCAAGUUUUGGGAAGCUACAAAGUCUUUUGAGGCUAAGUAUGUCUAUCAACAAUAUCGGUGGCAAUUCCAUGAAGGACUUGGAGUUCUUAAAAUCAUUGGCAAACUGUAGCAAGUUGCAAAUUCUCUCUUUGACCAGUAAUAAUUUUAUAGGAAGAUUGCAAAACUUUAUAGGUAAUUUAUCCACCACACUAGAAGGAUUAUAUAUGGGGGGCAAUCAAAUAUAUGGAAAAAUUCCCACAGAAUUAGGAAAUAUAAUUAGCUUGAGACUCUUGGCCAUGGAAUAUAAUUAUUUGGAAGGUAUGAUUCCAACUACUUUUGGAAAGUUUCCAAGGAUAGAAAGGUUAGUAUUGAGUGGAAACAAUUUAUCUGGGGAUAUACCAACUUCCAUUGGCAACCUCAGUCAACUGUAUGAUUUACAACUAGAUGUAAAUAUCUUAGAAGGGCAUAUUCCUCCAAAUAUAGGAAGCUGUCAAAAGUUACAAUAUCUAGACCUUUCGCAAAAUAACCUUAGAGGAACCAUACCCUUAGAGAUUUUCAGUAUACCUUCUUUAUCAAAUACACUAGACUUAUCACUAAACUCAUUUAGUGGUAUCUUACCAAAAGAAGUGGGUAUGCUAAAAAAUAUUAAUUGGCUAGAUGUCUCUGAGAAUCAUUUGUCUGGGGACAUUCCUGAAACCAUUGGUGAAUGCAUAAGCUUAGAAUACCUUCAUUUACAAGGGAACUCCUUCAAUGGAACAAUACCAAUCCAUUUGGCUUCUCUAAAAGGUCUGCGAUAUUUAGACCUUUCAAGAAAUCAAUUGUAUGGACCAAUUCCUGAUGUUAUGCAGAAUAUCUCUAGCUUAGAACACUUGAAUGUUUCUUUCAACAUGUUGGAAGGUGAGGUACCGACUGAUGGUGUAUUUGGAAAUGCAACCCAAGUAGCAAUUAUUGGAAAUAAUAAGCUUUGCGGUGGUAUUUCACAGCUGCAUCUACCACCAUGCCUUAUCAAGGGUAGGAAACACGCAAAACACCAUAAAUUCAGGUUGAUAGCAGUUAUUGUCAGUGUGGUCUCUUUUCUUAUCAUACUUUCAUUUAUUGUAACUAUAUAUGUGAUGAGGAAAAGAAAUCUAAAACGACAUGUUGAUUCACCAACAAUUGAUCGACUAUUUAAGGUUUCAUACCAAGACUUACAUCGAGGGACAAAUGGUUUCUCAGCUAGAAACUUGAUCGGAUCAGGAGGUUUUGGUUCUGUGUAUAGAGGAAAUCUUGUAUCAGAAGAUAAUGUUGUUGCCGUGAAGGUCCUUAACCUACAAAAUGAAGGAGCUCACAAGAGUUUCAUUGUUGAAUGUAAUGCACUCAAAAAUAUCAGACACCGAAAUUUAGUCAAGAUUUUAACAUGUUGUUCCGGUACAGAUUACAAUGGUCAAGAAUUUAAAGCUCUAGUUUUUUAUUACAUGAAAAAUGGAAGCUUAGAACAGUGGUUGCAUCCCGACAUUUUAACUGAAGAGCAACCAACAUUGGACUUUGGUCAUAGAUUACACAUCAUUAUCGACGUUGCAUCUGCAAUACAUUAUCUUCAUCAAGAAUGUAAGCAAUUGAUCAUUCAUUGUGAUCUAAAGCCAAGCAAUGUCCUUCUCGAUGAAGACAUGGUUGCUCAUGUGAGUGAUUUUGGCAUAGCAAGACUUGUCUCAACCCUUAGUGGUAAUACUAGUACAAUUGGAAUCAAAGGGAGUGUUGGCUAUGCUCCUCCAGAGUAUGGAAUGGGUUCUGAAGUGUCCACAUGUGGUGACAUGUAUAGCUUUGGAAUCCUUAUGUUGGAAAUGCUUACCGGUAGAAGACCCACUGAUGAAGUUUUCAAAGAUGGUCAAAAUCUGCAUAACUUUGUUGCAAUUUCAUUUCCUGAUAAUCUUGGAAAUAUUUGUGACCAACAUCUUGUAUCAAGAGAUGUAGAAGUGGCAGAAGAUGGAAACAAUGAAAAUUCUAUUCCAACUAUAAAGGAGUGCUUAGUUUCACUUUUUAGGAUUGGACUUAGUUGUUCAAUGGAAUCACCGAAGGAAAGAAUGAAUAUUGUGGAUGUCAGUAGAGAGCUUAACAUAAUCAGAAAGACCUUUCUCGCUGGUUUCCGCACUUGUAAUUAGUAUUUAAAGUUGAACUAAAUUUCCAAGUCAUCUGUGGAAAGAGAAGUUAUGCAGCAAUAUUGCAUUCUAAUUCAAUAAAGUGAGAGUUAUUUCUCUAAAAUUUAUCUUCAAUCCUUUGUCAUGUAUUUUCAUUUUGUUAAGAAUUGCCACUGUAGCUAAAAUUGCUUCAUGUACUUUUAGUAAUAGGCCAAUUAAUGGUUUAAACUCAACUCGCCAUUAUGAGAUUAAUGGUCUAAUCACUGUAAUAUUGUAUGGUCUUUUAGAUAGUUUAUAAGAAGAUCAUUUGUUACUAUAAAGUUGUGCAUGAGUCUCUAGCAGAAAAGAUUUUGUUUGUUUAUUUGAA